AUGAGUUCGCCAAAUAUAUGGAACACAGGAAGCUCAAUCUACUCGACUCCUGUAUUUUCACGGAAAAUGACGGCGUGGAUUCUGCUUCUGCUAUCGCUCUACCCGGGCUUCACUAGCCAAAAAUCUGAUGAUGACUAUGAAGAUUAUGCUUCUAACAAAACCUGGGUCUUGACUCCCAAAGUUCCUGAGGGUGACGUCACAGUCAUAUUAAACAACCUGCUGGAAGGAUAUGACAAUAAACUCCGACCUGAUAUAGGAGUGAAACCGACGUUAAUUCACACAGACAUGUACGUGAAUAGCAUUGGUCCCGUGAAUGCAAUUAAUAUGGAAUAUACAAUCGAUAUAUUUUUUGCCCAAACUUGGUAUGACAGACGUUUAAAAUUUAACAGCACCAUUAAAGUCCUACGACUGAAUAGCAACAUGGUGGGAAAAAUCUGGAUUCCAGACACUUUCUUUAGAAACUCCAAAAAGGCUGACGCACACUGGAUUACCACCCCUAACAGAAUGUUGAGAAUUUGGAAUGAUGGUCGAGUGCUCUACACCUUAAGGUUGACAAUUGAUGCUGAGUGCCAAUUACAAUUGCACAACUUCCCAAUGGAUGAACAUUCCUGUCCCCUCGAGUUCUCUAGUUAUGGCUAUCCGCGGGAAGAAAUUGUCUAUCAGUGGAAGCGUAGUUCUGUUGAAGUGGGUGACACAAGAUCUUGGAGGCUUUACCAAUUCUCAUUCGUUGGACUGCGAAAUACCACUGAAGUCGUGAAGACGACUUCUGGUGAUUAUGUAGUCAUGUCAGUCUACUUUGAUUUGAGCAGAAGAAUGGGGUACUUCACCAUCCAGACCUACAUACCCUGCACACUCAUUGUUGUCCUGUCCUGGGUAUCUUUCUGGAUCAACAAGGAUGCUGUUCCAGCCAGAACUUCUUUGGGAAUCACCACCGUCCUGACAAUGACGACCCUCAGCACUAUUGCCCGGAAAUCACUCCCCAAGGUCUCCUAUGUUACAGCAAUGGAUCUGUUCGUGUCUGUUUGUUUCAUCUUUGUCUUCUCGGCUUUGGUGGAAUAUGGCACCCUACAUUAUUUUGUCAGCAACCGGAAGCCAAGCAAGGACAAAGACAAAAAGAAGAAAAACCCUGCCCCUACCAUUGAUAUCCGCCCAAGAUCAGCAACCAUUCAAAUGAACAAUGCCACGCACCUUCAAGAGAGAGAUGAAGAAUACGGGUAUGAGUGUCUGGAUGGCAAGGACUGUGCCAGUUUUUUCUGCUGUUUUGAAGACUGCCGAACAGGAGCGUGGAGACACGGGAGGAUACAUAUCCGGAUUGCCAAAAUGGACUCAUAUGCCCGGAUCUUCUUCCCCACUGCGUUCUGCUUGUUCAAUCUGGUUUACUGGGUCUCCUACCUUUACCUGUGAAGAGAUAUGAGUUUUAUUGAUAUGAGUAUUACUCACAAAAUCUCAUGGAGAAAAGGUAUCCUUUCUAAGUCCACUUAAAGAGUCCCCUACAUUAUUGAUAAUGAUCUGGUUUCUAUGUUCGAACCUGAUACAUUGUAUAUUGUCAUAUUGUUCAUGCCCAACUCUCCUUUGGUUAGUGUAGCUUGAACUUUAAUGUUUGCUGUGUUUCAAACCUGCAAGGCAAAGUAAAAUUAGAGCAAGAAUAUUGAAGCCAACCAGGAUAUUUUUAGGUAUAGCAACUGAAAUAUUGAAAGUUGUGACUAUUCACAGAGGUGAUAGGUUUAUAUGAUUCAUAACAAAGUUAGAUGCAAAAGGUCAAAAGCUGUAUCCUAUGUUCACUUAGGGUCAUAUUGGUAAAUUUGACUCCAGUAGAAUACCUUCUACAUUUGAGAAGAAUAACUCCCUUUAAAAU